AUGGCCUCAAUCUACCAAGGCCUUGUAGACAUGUUCUCUCUUGUCCUCGCCAUCCUGUCCACCGGGACUCCGGCUCUCGGUCGCGAUUCCUUUUAUCCGCCCCUCAACCACACGACGUACAUCACCGACGCAUCCCUGGGCCCGUACGGGGCCAUCUACGCCGCGCCUGCUGGCCAACCCAGUCCUCCCUCGCGCGACGAUGUCUACAAUUACUGUUCGAUGCCUCAUCCCCGCGCAGAGACGUAUGCACUUCCACCUCCGAUCGCCAAUAACUCCGUCUCGGGGCGGUUAGUCUACUUGGAGUACAUGCAGCGUCAUCAACGCCGCACGCCGUACAACAUUCUUCCCGGCGGAGAAAAUAAACCCUUCAACUGCGACAACAUUCACCCUCAUCUGUACGCCGCACCAGUGCAAGGCGAGUCGCCCGCGUUGGUCUACAGCCAGGCCUACUCGGACCCGGCCAAUCCCUUCCUGGCCUCAUAUGUCAACGGUUCAUGCCAGUACCCUCAGCUCACCUUUGGCGGUCUUCUCGACGGCUAUCAGCACGGUCGGGACCUCCACGCUGUCUAUGGUGACCAGCUCGACUUGAUCCCGUCCUCUCCAGACCGCAAAAAGGUCUGGCUGCGCUCUACUUCCUCCGCGCUCACGCAGAGUUCGGCCGGCGGAGUCCUCCGCGGCAUCUGGCCCGACCACAAGGGACCUAUCGCUCUCCGCCAGCAGGCCUCGGGCAUCGACACGCUCGACCGCGGCUUCCCCUGCUCGGCGCGCGAUUCCCUUCUCUCGUCCAUCCAGUCGACGUCCGCCUGGAACGAGCAUUUAAGCGUGACUGCCUCCCUCCGCGACCGUCUCGCCACGGCCUUUGACGCCAACGAGUCCAGCUGGAUGUCCACGUUCGACCACUUCGCGGAUAACUUCCAGGCGCGGUUAUGCAACGGCUACGAGCUCCCCUGUCAGAAAAACGGAUCGAAUUGCGUGACGACUGACGAAGCGCACGAGGUGUUUCGCGCGGGCGACUGGGAGUGGAAUUACUGGUGGCGGUACAAUGACGACGCGACACGGUAUAUCCAGCUCGUGCAAGGCCUUUUCAUCGGCGAGGUCGUGAAAAAGCUCGAGGCCGUGCAGAACGGUCGGUCGGACGUGGUGUACAGUCAUACCUUCCUUCACGACGGCGACAUUGGUCCGGUGCUGGGCGCGUUGGGCAUCAAGGCGCUCAGGUGGCCUGGGAUGGCGUCUAAUAUAGCUAUCGAGGUUUGGGAAACAUCGACAUCCGAUCUCUAUGUCCGGGUCCUGUAUAGCGGACACGCCGUGAAAACCAUCCACGGCACCUUAGAUUGGAUCCCGCUUUCCAAGCUGCUGGAUAUUCUGCGACCGCUUGUGCCGGAGGAUAUUAUCUCCAUGUGUAAUGCAUAG